AUGUCAACAUCCUUAGAAUGCAACUCCUUAUUACAACAAACUUUAUCAGGUGAUGAACAAAUUAGUGUAGAAGACACAAGCGAGGAACCGAAUGGAACCACAACUGAUAACAUGCGUACAAAUGAAAGUAUAAUAUCGACAGAUUGUACAUUAACGAUAGUUAAUAAUACUAUACCAAAUGAUCAAACAGAUGCUAUUGUAGAACCACUAUCAUCAUUAGAUUCACAACAAAAUAGCAACAACAAGCAAGGAACAACAACGACGGAUAUAUCACCGAACACAGAACGACAUAUCAGCCAAUGGAGUGAAGAUGAAGUAUUAGGAUGGUUUCAAUCUUAUAACCUCGACGGAAUACACAAAUAUCUUUUUGCUCGGCAUGAAAAAAAAGACGGUACAAUGCUAGCAAAACUAUUUGAAUGUAAAGUCCAAAAUUGCGAUCUUUAUAGAAAAAAUUAUGGAGGUCGUUUGCCAAGCAAAGAAAAAAAUCUUUUAAAAGAUUUCGAUCGUUUUGGGCAACAACUUGAUUCACUUUUUAUUGAUAAAUUAGAACAUCGAUUUGAUGUGGCAUUCUCAUUCCCAGGUGAUAUACGAGAGCGGGUCAGUCAUAUCGCAGAAAAAUUAUGCAAGAAAAUUAAUACAGACGGACAACAACGAGUUUUCUACGACAUGUAUCAUAAAGCUGAAUUAGCACGUCCAAAUCUAGAUCUUUAUUUACAAACCAUAUAUCGUUAUCAAACAAAAUUAAUUGUCGUUUUUAUGUGCGAUGAAUAUUCACGUAGAGAAUGGUGUGGUUUAGAAGCACGGGCUAUACGCAGUCUAAUGAAAACAUAUCAAAAUAGUCGAAUUAUGUUAUUAUCAGUGGAUGGAAAAGCUAUUGAAGGUGUAUUAGAUAUCGAUGGAUAUUUGGAUAUUUCAGAAAAAAAGGAUGAUGAUAAUGAUGUGGUCGAUGCAAUUUAUACUCGUUUGAUAGCGCUUGAGAAUCCACAGAUAUUCUCAAAAACGUCACAUCCACCAAUAUUAGAAAAUAGAUUGUCAAGAAGUAUAACGGCUUUAAAACAUACUUUUCGUUCAAUAUCACCAUGGUAUUUUGUUGUGGCUUUGGCAUCGUAUAUUGUGGGAACUUUUGAUAGACAGGAAAAAUGA